AUGGUAAAUGAUGAAGUUACCAUUCGUCUGUUAACACUUAAAUCACUGGGAGAGAACGGGUUCAAGAACCAGCAGUUCCAUGUACUGCGCCGCAUCGAGCCCGACCAGUGCGGCUCGUUCGGGAGCGCGGCCAGUGCCGGCACGACCCCCGUCCCCGCCCGCACGCCCACCCCGCGUUAGGGAAGGGUGUUCCCGGGGCGGGCGAAGGGCGGGAAGGGGGACGGGUUAUCGAGAGGGAAAAUCGGCGGCUGUCGGCGCAGAGCGAGCUCUCAUUCCGCGCCGGCAGCUCGGGCUCCUCGUCCGACUGUGGCCAUGGGGCUGCAGCCCCGGCGCGCCGCGGGGCCCUGCCCGCCCGCGGGAAGGAGCGCCGCCCUGCCCGGAGCGCGCUCCGCUCCUCCCUGGGCCCGCAGCGACGAGCCGGAGGGAACUCCCGGGCGCCCCGCCACGCUGCCGCCCCUCCUGCCGGCCAUCCUGCCGACCCCCUCCGCUUCACCCGCUGCCGCCCGGGCGCAGCCCAAGAAGCCGCCGGCGGCCGCCUCGGCCCCCAAGAAGGCAGCGCCUCGGCCCGCAGAGGAGAAGGUGGCGAGGAAGGCGCGGGGGGCGCCCCCGGAACGGCCGGGCCCCCUCUCCAGCUCCUGGCCCUGCUCGUCCCUGCAGAGGCCGCCUCCGCGAAGACCGCCAGCCGAGCGUGCGGCGCGGCCCCAGCCCACCCCGCCGCAGCCGCGGGGCCGCCCGGGGGCGCCGGGGGCGGGCAGCCGCUCCUGCGAGAGCCUCGGCGGGGCGCCGGGGGAGGCGGCGGGGCGCUUCUCGCUGAGCCUGCCCCCGGAGGCCAUCCGGGUGCUACAGCGCCGCAGUCUGGAGCGGCAGCGGGGGCAGCCCGCACCCUCUCCCGCCGGCAGAGCCGCCCCGGCCCGGCGCGGCGACCUGCGCGCUCUGCUGAAGGUUUCGCUGCUUAACGACCGGCACCGCUACGACGACGAGGAGUACGAGGAGGAGGAGGCGGGGGCCGCGGCGGACGAGGGGCUGGUGCGGAAAUGCACCGAGUGGCUGCGCGGCGUGGAGAGCGCGGCCGGCCGCGACCACCCCGAGCGGCUGGAGACGCUGCCGCACUUGGGCACCCUCUGAGCCCCGCCGGGACCGAGGAGCGGCGCGGCGGGGGCUGCCGGAGCGGUCGGACCGGGGGGAGGUGGGGCCGCCAUCCGCGAUGUCGUGUUCCGUGUUGUGUUGUUGGCGCCCUGACAGCCCGGGCGGGGGGCGGCAGGGGCCGGGAAGCGGAGCCCCUGGCCCGGAGCCGAUCCUCGGAGCGCCACCGCCGCCGGGGCGAGGGACAAAGGAGCGGCGCCGGCCUCCGCCCGCCGGUGCCCGGGUGCUGGGAGGGAAGGCACCGGCUGUGGGCGUCCUGCCUCCACCCUCGCGGUUUUUUUAAAGAUUUCUGACUACUUUAUAAAAUGUGCGUAAUGGUUUUGUAUAUUUGUACAUAAAAGUUCAUUUUUAUUUAUUUGAAUAAAGGACUCUUGUGUUGCGGUA